AUGUCAGAACCUCCCCAUUCAAAUUUAACAAGGUCUUUAUCAACUUUUAAAUCAAAAAUAAGUUCAAAAUUUAAAAAUAAUUCAGAUCAAUUAGAUAAUAGUGUUGAUGAAGAUGGAAUAUUUGCUAUGAAAUAUGAUGAUUUCAAUAAAGAAGAAGAACAAAGUAUUAGAGGAUCUGUGGAAAUAAGACCAUCAGCUUCAUUUACAAAUUUAAAUAAUCAUGAAUUAAUUCAAUCUUCAAGAAAUUGUUCAAUUGAUGCUGGUAACCCAUUAGAAUCAACAUCUUCAACUCCACCACCAUUAUCACAAUCACAAUCACAAUCACAACAACCAUCAUCACCAUCAACAACACAAUUUUCUUUAAAAGAAAAAGAAUUUUCAUUUUUACAAUUACAAAAUUCUUCAUCACCAAUAACAUCAAAAAGAUCAGAUUCAAUAAUUGAUCCAUUAAAUACAUCCAUAUUAUCAGAUAAAUUAAACAUGGCGGUUAAUUCUAUUCCAUCAUCAGAUAUUGUGUCACCACAACCAAGAUCAAUACCACCUUCAAUAACUCAUAAUAAUUCAAUUGUUUCUUCAACUUCAAGAAAAUCUUCAAAUAUUUCAACUUCAUCAAAUUUUUUACCUCCUUUACAACAACCAAUUACUCCAACUAAUGAAAUUCCAUUAUCUCAUAAGAUUUUAGAAGCUCAAAGUUUAGAAUUAGCUGAUGCUAUGGCUUUAAGUAUCUUGGAUAAAGUUGAUGCUGGUAUUAAAAUUGAUCAAAAUGUUGAAACUGAAUGGAAAAUAUAA